CACCCAGAAUGGAUGAGUUCAAUCAAACAUUUAUUUCUCUUGGUGGGUAUGGAGAAAUUGAUAAAAUCAAACAUGAAUGUUUUGUGCUAUUUUACAUUGUAUUUAUGUUAAUAAUCUGCAGUAAUUCCACUAUUGUAUGUCUGAUUGUGAAACACCAAAGCCUUCAUGAACCUAUGUACAUUUUCAUUGCAGCUCUGCUAAUCAACUCUGUUCUUUUCAGCACUAUAAUCUAUCCAAAGCUUUUGAUCGAUUUGUUAUCUGAGAAAAAAACGGUAUUAUAUUCAGCCUGUCUCUUUCAAGGUGUUAUAUAUUAUAUUGUUGCUUAUUCAGAGUUUUUACUGUUGUCAGCCAUGGCCUAUGAUAGAUAUGUGUCUAUAUGUAAACCACUGCAGUAUGCAACAAUCAUGAAAAAAACAACAGUCAGUGUCUUACUGUUUUUAGCUUGGUUUGUGCCGACUUGUGAGAUCACAGGAGCAGUCGCAAUGAAUUAUAAUUUGGAACUCUGUAGCUAUACUUUGAAAGGGAUUUUUUGCAACAAUUCACUUUAUCAACUCUUUUGUGUGCGCUCAGAAGCACUAUCUGUAUAUGGAAUGGUACUUUUGUUUAACCUCGGUCUCCUGCCUGUGCUUUUAAUCCUGUUCUCAUAUGGUAGGAUACUUCUAAUAUCCUAUCAUAGCUGUAGAGAAGUUAGGAUAAAAGCUGCACAGACCUGUUUACCCCACCUGAUGGUUUUAAUCAACUUUUCCUGUUUUUUCACAUUUGAUGUGAGCAUAGUAAGACUGGAAUCAGAUAUUCCCCAAACUACACGUUUAAUAAUGACUUUACAGGUGGUUCUGUAUCAUCCUCUUGUUAAUCCAUUCAUAUAUGGCAUCAAAAUGAAAGACAUUUAUAAACACCUGAAGAAGUUGUUCUGUUAGGUUAUGUUAUAUCAAUAAGUCAGCACUUAGUGUAAUUCUGUAGUCAUUUGUAACAACGUGGUUUUAUAACAGACUGUAAAUAAAGUUGUUAUUUUAAUGGCUGAUAAAAUGUAUAUUCAAACUGGUUCUGAUGGCAUUCAUAUAACAUUAAAACCAGGAUGAUACAGGGCUGGACUGUAGAGGGUGUUAUAUAUAUUAUAUAUAUAUUUUUUUUUUUACUGUGUUUGUCAAUGAUGCAUGCAUCUCUGUUUUAUCACUUUAUAACUACCUGCUUCGUAAAACCUCCAGAUUGCUUCAAACAGA